ACUUUUGAGCCUUCAGAGUUCAGCCUUGAGAGUUGACGAUUGUUGGUGAUUGAGCAGGCAAUUUAAUUUAGGGAAAUUUGUUAAAAGGGAGUAGCGGCGAUGACUUCAGUUGUACGAGCUGGCCACUUAGCCCCUUUUUUCAAGGCUAGUUCAAAUGUAUUAACAAAUGGACUGAAACCCGCAGUGGCCGUAGCUGUUUCAUCAGACAAAGUGGUGGCGCAGCCCUUGCCUCACAUUUCGACUGUUCAGUCACUUCAUGGGUCCUUACCGAUCCAGGGAUUAAAAGUGAGACAGAGUAAUAAAUUAUCGACUCAAGUUCGAUUCGCGCACUCCGACAUUGCAGUGCCCGACUUCUCUGCCUACCGACGUAAGGAGACUCUAGACCCGACAUCUAGGUCUAAAGAUAAUGUUGACGCACGACACUCUUUUACUUACCUUAUAGCAGGAGCGGGCACGGUGGCGGGCGCGUACGCCGCCAAGACGGUGGUGACGCAGUUUGUGACGUCCAUGGCGGCGGCGGCCGACGUGCUGGCGCUGGCCAAGAUCGAGAUCAAGCUGGACGAGAUCCCCGAGGGCAAGUCUGUCACCUUCAAAUGGCGGGGCAAGCCUCUGUUCAUCCGACACAGGACGGCCAAGGAAAUCGCAGUGGAGAAGGCGGUGCCGCUGCAGGCGCUGCGCGACCCCGAGGCGGACGAGGCCCGCGCCACUCAGCCCGAGUGGCUCGUCGUGAUCGGAGUGUGCACACACCUGGGCUGCGUGCCCAUCGCCAACGCGGGGGACUUCGGCGGCUACUACUGCCCGUGCCACGGCUCGCACUACGACGCCUCGGGCCGCAUCCGCAAGGGACCGGCGCCGCUCAACCUCGAGGUGCCAGCGCACGUGUUCAAGGAGGACGGCAUCCUGGUGGUCGGCUGACUCACCUUCACCCGCCACCCGCCGUAGACAAAUUAUUUAUUGUUAUUAAGUGUACCCUGAACCCGAUAGAAUCGAUUAUCAAUAAAUUAUAAGAAUAA